AUGGCCACCGAUAGCAUGGAUGUCGACAUGGACAUCGAUCUCGACAUGGAUCCAGAGCUCCAGCGACUCCAGGCCCAAGCAGCCCGACUGGAAGCGGUGCGUGGUCGCACAUGCUGGACGGAGAAGAGCACGGGUGGCUGACAGAUUGUGUGACAGAUGCCUCCAACCUAUCAGCCAACCAAUGAUGAAGAUGAGAUGAAGGAUGCUGAAGAUGUUGAAGAGGGCGAAGUGGGCCCAGACGAGAUAGUGUGGACAAAGAUCUACAUCAGCGGCACGACAGACUUGGGAUUCGAGGAGAUCAUCAUGUUCGCCAAUGACACAUACAAAGAGUGCGAACUGGGCCGACGAGACCUUGAAUGGAUCGACGACGAAAGCGUUAAGCUCGUAUACCCGACCAAAGACCAUGCGGCCGCGGCCUUGCGAGCUUUCUCAGUGACGCCAGUCGAGGAUCCAUUGGAGUUACGCGAAGCCGUCAAGCUUAUCACGAACCCUCAACACGAGUUCCGCGUGCGUAUGGCAACAGCGAAGGACAUGAAGAAGCGAGGUGCUGCUCAAGAAAGCCGAUUCUAUCUCAACCAUCCAGAGUACGAUCCAGAGACCAAGCGCUACCGAGACAGAGGUCCUCGCCGCGGACGAGGUGGCUAUCGACGCGACUUUUCAAAUCGUUUUCCAAGAGCACGCACGCCUCGAGAAGAAAGCUUCUCCGUAGACCUUUAUGAUGACAAUCAGGAGGCAAGAGACAGGAUCAGUGCGCGCAGAGCAAGCCGACAAUCGGAAGAAGAUUAUUUUGCAGGCCGGACGAAUAGUAUAGAGCGGCGCGGUGGAGACCUCUUCCAAGGUAGAGAGCAAGGCAGACUGCGUAAUCGGAGCGCAUCACCUCGGCGAGAGGGCGCCGGCUACUAUGGCUUUAGCGACGACCAGCCAUACCGACAGACUGCACCGCGUCAGCGCACUCCACCCCUCCGCGCGCAUACUACCCGCAACAACCGGGAACUGGGUCGGAGCAUGAAAGCGGAUUUGUUUGCAGGAAAGAAAGUCGGCACAGCUCUGACCAAUGGCGACGUCAAUGGCAGCGGCGCGCCGCGAGAGCUAUUCCCCAAGUCGAAGCCCAAGGACCUCUUCGAGGAUAAGAUGAAUAAUCACUACCGUUCUGAUGCAAAAGACUUGCAUCCAGAUGAGGUGGCUACUGCCAUCGGCAAGUUUGACUUCAGCAAUAUACAAGACGCAAAUACUUACAAAGAAUCAGGUCGACGACCGGAGAACGCACCACGCGACCUGUUCGCCCGCACUGAAGGCGGACCCAAGCUCUCGAUCAACUCUGGAUCUGGACGAUUGAACGAGCGACCCGCCUCAGCUGGGAACGCGGAAGGCUUCAGCAUCUUGGGAGCUGGGCAGAAGCAAGAACCGAUCAGCUUCAAGAUUAAGGGUAUGGGCAAGGUCAACUUGCCUAAGGAGGACUUGUUCGCACACAAGAUGUCGCGCAAGGGAGGACAGCGUCGGCUUGCCGAGGAUAUCGACAAUUAG